AGCUAGCUGUCUGUUUACAUAAAUAUUUGUUUUUAUUUUUAAUAUAAAUUAAGUUUUGAAAAUAUUGAAAUAAUAUUUUUGAUUAAAAAAUUUAGUUUCUGCAUCAGAUAUUCCAAUACAUACAUUCAAAAGACCGAUAAAAUGAUCUAUGCAUCUCUUGACGGGCUUAGUUACUGGUGGUAAUACAUGCACACAAAUGUAACAGAAACAGGCUUUUUAAAUGCAAACUGCAGAGGUUAAAAAAAUGAAAAUGAAUGAAGAAGAGCUAUUGCAAAGAGCGGCGGAAGAAAGGGAGCAGAUUUUCAAACGCUAUGAUUUGGGAACCGAUCCAUCCAAUGAAGUUUAUCCAUGGGAAAAUCCAAGUUUUGAAGUUUAUCAUCGAACUGAUAAGUUUGGUUUUAUACAUGAUUCUCGCUUACCUGACACACUUGAUGUUUAUGAAAUUAAACAAACGAAAAUAGAAAUCGAGCGCGACAAAAAAUGGAUGAGAAUGAUGUCAAAAUGGGAUCAGAAUAGUGAAAAGCUGCGUAGAAGAGUGUACAAAGGGAUUCCAAAUAAAAUACGUUGGGUUGCUUGGAAGAAGCUUCUUAAAGUUGAUGAAGCAAUGUCUAACAAUCCUGGGAUAUACAGCACAAUGCUGAAAUAUGCUAGAUUGUAUUCAACAGAAACGAGGCAAAUUGAUUCUGAUGUAAAUAGACAAUUUCGUGAGAAUAUAGCAUUCCGCGAACGUUAUAGUUUAAAACAAAAAAGUUUAUUUAAUAUUCUAAAUGCAUAUAGUAUAUACAAUUCAGAACUAGGAUAUUGUCAAGGGAUGUCUAGUUUAGCUGCAGUAUUUUUGUUGUAUAUGGAUGAGGAGGAAUCAUUUUGGGCAUUAAAUUCAUUGAUGAUAGAUACCAAAUAUGCUAUGCAUGGUUUAUUUAUAGAAGGUUUUCCAAAAUUAACAAGGCUUCUGGAGCAUCAUGAUAGAAUUAUUAAAAAAAUUAUGAGAGAUCUUCAUGCUCACUUCAUAAAACAUAAUGUUGAUUCAAUUUUAUAUUCUAUUAAAUGGUUCUUUUGUAUAUUUGUUGAAAGAAUACCCUUUAGUCUAUGUCUAAGAGUCUGGGAUGCUUAUCUUUUAGAUGGUGAGCGAGUUGUUAUUGCUAUGGCGGUUACUGUUUUAAUGCUUCAUAAAAAAGACUUGUUACAAUUAAAAGAUAUGGACUCAAUAAUUGAGUAUUUACAAGUGAAAUUGUACAAAAAUUUUAGCUACCCUGAUGAUAUUGUAAUGAAUGCUGUAGAACAAGUGAUGAGAAAAUUGAUGUCAAAAAAAUUAGAUUCUCCACCAGCACCAAAAGUGAAUGAAACACCGACACGACCACUUGGAAAUUUUGUUGAACCAGAUUUUGAAAGAAAAAUUGGUCGAAGAAGAUCAACUUUUACUGAAAAUGAAAGACAAACAUUUGAAAAUGUAAUAUCAAGACAAGAAUCAAACGCAUUGGAAAUUCAAUCUAAUACAUCAAUUGAAAAUUCUGAAUAUGCUGUUGGAGAUCCAUUUUCAUUAAAAACAUAUAGAAGUUUUAAUAGUUUAACAACAUCAAUAUCAGUAAGCACAUUAUCUUUAAAUAGUGGUGGUAAUAAUAAUGUUAAAGUACCAAAUUCAAAAUGUAAUAGUAAUUUGACUGAGAAACAUAAUAGCAUUGACAAUAAUAUUAAAAUUGCAAAUGAUAAUGCAGAACAAAACCAAAUUCAAAUUAUUCAAAAUAAAAAUGAUAAUGUAGUGGUAGUGAAUGUAACACAGCCACAUGAAAAUAACAUUGAAAUACAUUAUGAUAAUAUAGAGGACUCAAGUCUUGAGGAAGAAAAUACUCGACUCUAGUACAUUUUAUUUUAUUUCGAAAGUAUGAAUUUAAAUGCAAAGAUUUAUAUUAUUUUUUUUAGAUGCUCGAUACUUACCAAAAUCAUUUUAUUUUAUUUUUUUUUUUAAAUAAUUUGCUGAAAAUAUUUUUCCAAUAUCAAUUCAAUAUGCAGAUUUAAAAUAUUU